AUGUCAUCCGCAGUGGACAUUCAGUCACUCCCGUCAGAAGUUCUUAGGAACAUUCUUUUCUCUGUGCGCAACGAGAAAAAUGGCCAAGGCUCAAUUAAAGAGUGUCGCUUAGUUUCACAUUGCUUCAACAAUGCUGCAUCGCCAUUGCUCCUCACCGAAGUUUCUGUUUGCCUUACCUCGGAAUCCUUCACUCGUUUAGAAGAUAUUUGCUAUCACCCCAUUUUCAGCAAGUCAGUGCAAAAGGUCAGCAUAGUCACGUCUUACUACGAAACCGAAUUAGCCUGCAACAGGCCACUAUUCAUGCUCGAGGCCAAGGCCAGACUGCUUCGACAUGUAGAGACCAUGGAACGGUCGAGAUCAUACCGGAAUAAGUAUCCUCACACGCAAGCGCAAUCCCGGUGGCUGUCAAAUAUGGCUUGGAGAACAGAACCUGAAUUCGAACAACUUUUCAAUGACCAAGUUGACGAAGAGUCACCAACACCUACCCAGAGGCUAUUUCUCAAGCUUUAUGAUCUGUACAAAGAAUUGUACAACGACCAACAGCAGCUUCGAGAAGGCCAACACCACAUCACUCGCUUAUGCGCCGCUUUGAGUUCCUUGUCCAACCUGGUAUCCUUGGAGCUGAACGAUAUUAGAAACUUGGGAGGCAUGGAACACUUGGACGCUGCUGACUUUGCUCAUACCGGAUAUGAUCAUACAAUACUGCAGCACUUUAGCCCUAUCUUGCGCAAGUCAAGAUGGUGUGGCUCUUUCAAGACGAUUCACACUGCAACUCCACCCGUCGAGAUGCUCGGAACGUUGUGCUCUGAGCUCGCAGACAAAGGCCUGAGACCUAGGACAAUUCGCCUCCGCUUGGUUCCUCCGCCCAACAUGCAAGCUUGGCAACUAUCACCAUCGCAGCAGACGGGAUUGAAGAAUCUGGUUGCUCAGACCACGAAACUAGCACUUAAUGGAGCUGAAGUCCUUGGUUACUCGACACUCCAAGACCUUGCGCGACUUGCAAUUGCAAGCUUGUUGGUUGCUUGA